CAUUCUCAUCUCCCUUCACUCUCCAUCUACACAAAAUAGAGAGAUUACUCUCAUUUUAUAACUAUUCCUAGUUUUAAUACAUAGAAAUCACACACCAUGCUAGAAGGAAAGGCUGUCAUAAGAGAAACCGAUAUGCUCAAAACCAUGCAGCUACACGCUCUUGAUUUAGCCGCAAAGUCCCUCGAUUUCUAUGACGUAACCGAGCCCACUGAUAUAGCUCGUUACAUCAAGAAGGAAUUUGAUGGGCGAUACGGAGGAGGAUGGCAAUGCAUAGUUGGCACGGAUUUUGGGUCAUUUGUGACGCAUUGUUUUGGCUCAUUUAUAUAUUUCUACGUGGGAAGCCUUGCCAUUUUGCUCUUUCGUGGUUUGAAUGAACCCGAAGCUAAUCAUUUCUACAUGUCGGAGCCUAUAGAAGCUUAAGAAAUCAUUUAUUUUCAUGUCUUGUAAUUCUCUUGUUUCUUGUAAUCUAUUCUCUCGCAAAAUUAGAAAUAAAAUAUAAGAAAACUUGGAAAUAUGUUAUCUUUGUAUUGAU